CACCCGUGGGCGGGGGGCCCAAGCGGGUCUCCUUCGGUUCUCACGUGAGGCGCACCUGGCGGCGGGCCCUGUCAUCUCACUUGGCCUUCUGCGACACCACCCCCUGGCCAGAGCUCCCGGCUCGGCGGCGCCGCUUCGUUUCGUUGAUGGAUUGCGCCACCCGGUUCCGCAUCCGGAACCCUUCGCCGGCCGCCGCCUCCCACUUCGCCGGCGAGAGGCGGCGCCCGGGCGGCAGGGCGUCCUUCCGGCCCAUGUCGUCGGCGGCUCCGGUGGAGGAGCCGGCGGCGUCCGAGGCGAGGCGGCGGCCGUCCGGUGACUCCUUCAUCCGGCGCCACCUCAGGACCCUCGCGCCGUACCAGCCCAUCUUGCCCUUCGAGGUGCUAUCUGCUCGGCUUGGGCGUAGACCAGAGGACAUAAUCAAGCUCGAUGCAAAUGAGAAUCCAUAUGGUCCACCCCCAGAGGUGGCUACCGCAUUAGGUAAUCUAAAGUUCCCCUAUGUGUACCCUGAUCCUGAAAGCCGUCACUUGCGUGCUGCUCUUGCUGAAGAUUCUGGACUUGAAUCAGAAUACAUACUUGCUGGAUGCGGUGCAGAUGAACUAAUCGAUUUAAUUAUGAGAUGUGUACUUGAACCAGGUGACAAAAUUGUUGAUUGCCCUCCAACAUUCACAAUGUAUGAGUUUGAUGCUUCAGUAAAUGGUGCACUUGUUAUCAAGGUUCCAAGGCUUCCGGAUUUUUCUCUAGACGUUGAACGUAUUGUUGAAGUGGUUGAACAGGAAAAGCCAAAAUGCAUAUUUCUGACAUCUCCAAACAAUCCAGAUGGCAGUGUAAUCAACGAUGAGGAUCUUUUAAAGAUACUUGAUCUUCCAAUACUUGUAGUGCUGGAUGAAGCUUACAUUGAAUUUUCAAGCCUUCAGUCAAGGAUGGCAUGGGUUAAGAAGCAUGAUAAUUUGAUUGUUCUACGAACAUUUAGCAAACGAGCAGGUUUAGCUGGUCUUCGUGUGGGUUAUGGAGCAUUUCCUCUAAGCAUUAUUGAGUAUUUGUGGCGGGCCAAGCAGCCUUAUAAUGUUUCUGUGGCAGCAGAAGUUUCAGCAUGUGCCGCAUUGCAGAAUCCAACCUAUUUGGAGAAUGUGAAAAAUUUACUGCUACAAGAGAGGGAGAGGCUCUUUGAUCUUCUAAAAGGAAUACCAUUCUUGAAACCGUUUCCCAGUCAUUCUAACUUCAUUCUCUGUGAGGUCACAUCAGGAAAGGAUGCAAAGAAAAUAAAGGAAGACCUUGCAAAGAUGGGUGUGAUGAUCCGCCACUAUGACAAGAAGGAAUUGAAGGGGUAUAUUCGUAUUUCGGUUGGGAAACCUGAGCACACUGAUGCACUAAUGAAAGGCCUGAAUGCACUUCAAUUGUGAGCACUAGCACACCUUCACCAGUUAUGGAAGCAUUGAAGUACUUAACCAAUAUGUAUGCAUCAGGCUAUAGAUGCAGUCUAUAAGAGGAGAUUUGCAUCAUUCCAACAUCUAAGCCCAAACCAACAUGGGCCAAUCGGUUUUCAACAACCAUUUUGUUUAAUAAGUCAAAAAUUCGAUGGUUUUAGCAAGGUUAUCGUGCAGAGCAAGGCUGUAAAAGUUGAAUUCCAUGUGGUUAUUUUCUGGGUUUGGACUGCUUGUUUGGCGGUUGAUGGAGAACUGAAAAUUCUGUAGGUAAAUAAAGGCCAAUGCAGCCAUGUUUUUGUUGCCUUUGAGAAAAGGUUGUUAGACAUUGCAAGCAUAAACAAGGUACAUGAAGGAAACUGUUGAAAGAUGCAACAAGUUUCUAUUCAUAUGCUC